AUGAUCGAAUCAGUAAAAGAACUAACACCCACUGGCAAAAUCAAAAAACCAUCUUAUGAGACUGUCACAGGUUGGAUUAAUACUUCAUGGAAUGCAGUUGAUAUUGGAUUAAUUCGACGUGCAUUCAAAUGUUAUGAUAUUUCUAAUGAUCGAAAUGGAACAGAAGACAAGUUAAUAUUUGAUUACGAAAGUCUUGAAAUCUCAAAUCAGGUAAAUACUAAUGUAGAAAUAUUGGAAAAUAAUAACGAAAAUAUAGAAGAAAUUAAUCUUAAUAGUAAUAUCGAGGAUAAUUAUUAUAAUGAACAGGAAAAAAAUUAUCCAAAU